GCGGCCGUGACUUCACUCUCCCUCCUGAAAGCCGGUGCCCGGCAUCGGCAGCGUCUGAAUGGUAUCCUCGGGAGCAUUGGCCGGGGCCAGCUUUUUCGGGUUUCUGCGCACGGCAACCGACACGUUAGGGCCGGCGGGGGCGCACAGCGAGCCCCCGCACCUCGGAGCCGGCGGCGGCCCCCAGCCCCCCCCCCACCAUGAACACCAUCGUCUUCAGCAAGCUGAGCGGCCAGGUGCUCUUCGAGGAGGACGCCAAGGAGCGGGAGAGGGGCGGCCGGCCCUACGUGGGGGUGGUGGAGGGCCCGCACCACGCCGACGUGCUGCUCCCCGACAGCCCGUCCAUCAAGGAGAGCCUCAGCCUGCGCAACCGGCGGACGGGGGCUCGGCAGAGCGGCGGCAAGGUGCGGCACAAGCGGCAGGCGCUGCAGGACAUGGCGCGGCCGCUCAAGCAGUGGCUCUACAAGCACCGCGACAACCCCUACCCCACCAAGACCGAGAAGAUCCUGCUGGCCCUCGGCUCCCAGAUGACCCUGGUGCAGGUGUCGAACUGGUUUGCCAAUGCAAGACGUCGCCUUAAGAAUACGGUCAGGCAACCAGACCUCAGCUGGGCUUUACGAAUAAAGCUGUACAACAAAUAUGUUCAAGGAAAUGCUGAAAGACUUAGUGUGAGCAGUGAUGACUCGUGCUCUGAAGAUGGAGAAAAUCCUCCAAGGAACCAUAUGAAUGAAGGGGGAUACAACAAACCAGUUCAUCACACUGUGAUUAAAACUGAAAGUUCAGUCAUAAAAACAGGAGUGAGACCAGAAACAAGUGCCAAUGAGGAUUACGUGUCACCCCCCAAAUACAAAAGCAGCUUAUUGAAUCGCUACCUGAAUGACUCGUUGAGGCACGUCAUGGCUACUAACGCAGCUAUGAUGGAAAAAACAAGGCAAAGGAAUCACUCUGGUUCAUUUAGUUCCAAUGAAUUUGAGGAGGAAUUGGUGUCUCCGUCAUCAUCAGAGACAGAGGGCAAUUUUGUCUACCGGACAGAAACUCUGGAGAAUGGACCAAAUAAGUGUGAAAGCGCAGCUAACAGAAAAGGAACCAGCAAAGAUGAAACAUACUGGAAGGAGAUCAAUGCAGCCAUGGCCCUCACGAACCUCGCCCAAGGGAAGGAAAAACUGCAGGGAACUACCAGCUGCAUCAUUCAGAAAUCAUCACAUAUAUCAGAAGUAAAGACUGUCAAAGUGCCAUUAGUUCAGCAGUUUUAAGAGAUAGGCCCUUUUUCUUUUUCCUGUCAAGCGGACAUUUUCCUUACAGGGUUGGUUUUCAGCAAAAUCAGAUUCACAGAUAUGAGGCAAAUGUGGAAAAUAGGCCCCCUUUUACAGUAUGGUCAGUUUAAAAAUAAUAAUAAUAAUAACAUUCCUUCUGACUCAGACAUUUUCAUUGUAUUAAAUGAAAUGUUCAAUUUCUUCUAUAAAAGGCAUGUAAAUUAUAAAAAAAAAACUGUUUUUAUCAAAACAUUAACUUAUUUUAUGUUAAUCAAAGUGCGCAUAAGAUGUUUGCAUUGCUAUUACAGUAAGUGCCUUGCUUUCAAAAAAUAAGCUAUAACGUGGGCAUAGUACAACAGUAUUAUGCCUCAAAAUGACAAUGCCAUAAUGCUUAAACUUUGUAUAUUAUUCCAAGUGGGCUUAAGCAGCCUAGGGCUAAACACAUUACUGCUGGAAGCCCUGGAGAAUUGUGCUUAUUAGACUUGAAUGAAUUGACAAGUCUUAAUGAAAUUGUUACAUCAUUUUCUCUCUUUUUUUAAUCAACAGUGUUAUAAAAAUUGUACAGUAUGUUUUGUCAAAGUGACAAUGAGGUUGUUAUGCAUGUUUCUUACCUGUAUAUGCAGUAUAUUAAAAUACCAAAAUCAUUCCUUUGAAAAGUGCAAUACUCUAGAACACACAAAUUUAGGAAAUAAGUUAAUUGUUCAGAUUAUUUUGAACUUAUACAUACACUCCCAGACAUGUUGCUUAUUAAAGAUUUCUAGUUGAGGAGGUUCUAGUCAGACUAGCUGUAAAUUCCAGUUGAAUUUCUAUUGUUUUAAAGCUUUGCUAGUGACUUACUGAAAUUUUUAUACGAGUAAACAAAAUCAAUCUCUUCUUGUACAAAACUGAAUUUAUAGUGCCGUUUAUUAUUUGCAGUAGAGCUCAAAAAAGUUUCCAUGGUGGAAAUUAUUACUUCAAUGUGUUUUAAAUGUUUUUAUUUUGUAGGUACUGCAUACAUGAAAACAGUUGGUUGACAGUUCACAUUUCAGUGAGAAAAAGCUAUAGUUUAAACUAUCAAAACCCAAACUAGAAACAUAAAUGGGACUUGAAGCAUUGAAAAAUCCCAGCAUUUAAUGUAAUGUCUGUAAACUUGACUGCUAUUGAGCAUAACUAGCAUAAAACCAGGUUUAUGUUUAAGGGUUUUCUAGGGUGUACAAGUUAUUCUUAAGUCAUAUAACAAUAGUCUAAUGAGGUUUACAUUGCUUGAAAGGAAUUUACAUGAAAGCAAUUUACAGUGGCAAAGCCAAAUAUGAUUUAUACUGAAACAGUUAUAGAAAACUGGAAAAGAGAUGAUUGUUGCUAAGAUCUGGAUUUUUUUUUUUUUUUUUUUUUCCUGUGGGUAUCCUGUCAGGUGUUUUCCUACUUAUCCCUCUCCCCUUUUCUCUUUUUGGUGAGCCAUCAGUGAACAAGAUAAGACUUCAGUCCUGCUCCCACUGAGUUUAAUGGCCAAACUCCCACUUCAAUGGAAGCAGGACUGUGCUAACAACAAAACUAACUUGCAAGUAUAGGCUGUUCCAGUUGCACUAAAAUAAUCAAGAUACAUUGCAAAUAUCAGCCUUAGUGUGACUUAGAAAACUUCUUGAUGUAACAUAACAUGUUGUUGGGUUUAUUUAGUGUACAAUGAAAAUGAUUUGAUAUGAAAAUAUUUUGUACAUAUAUAUUUUUACUUUGUUUUCUAAAUUGCUGAUUUGCAUUGACUUAAAGUGCCAAGCAAGAAAUGUAUGUCAUGACUGUAUGAACAGUUGAAGUAUGUUUUACUGACUUGCAUCAUUAUGUGUCUAAGAUACCAUGCAUUAAUUUUUGAUACUUUACUGGAUUUUGACAUAAUAAUGUGAGUUUAUAACUAAUAGCAGAGAGUUAAUACUUCACUUUUGUUCAUACUAUUAUAAGUUAUUCUGGUAUUAAAUAUUUUAUGACAAUAAAUUGAUGGUUUUGACAAACUUUUCUGUUAGGAAUACUCACAGUGUUUUUGUCUGCAUAAAUGACAACAAAAUUUGUUAUGUAAAAAAGGUACCUAUGGUGACUUCUCUGGAGUAAAACUGGAGAAGACAAGCCAUACUAUAAACAACUUGUUCAUGGUUCUUUUUUUAAGUGAUCAAAGCACAAAUAAUAAUCUGUAAAACACAUCAAGUGGGUUUUAAAUUUAAGAAUACUUGGCAUAAUUUCUUGUUAUCAUUUCCUUUAAUUUAUUUUUUUUUCUACUGCUGCUUUAGAGUUUUCUGAAAACACAGAUUCUAAUGAAUUACUUGUGUGUCUUUUUUUAAAUAACAAGAAUCACGAUCACUGCUGAGCCAACAGCUAAUGAAGACUCAAUAAUUAUUUAUGGUAUUGGAAAAACAAACAUUAGUACUAUUGCUCUUCUUUGUUUCAACAUAUGUAACCAUUUUAGUAAAAUAAAUAACUGCAAACAACA